AUGGGAGGCGACCUCCUACCCUUUGCACAACGCCCGAUCAUCAUCUUGGGUGCCGGUAUCAUCGGAUGUGCCACAGCUCGACAGUUACUUCUCAAUGGAUUCCGUGUUAUCCUGGUGGCCGAGUAUCUUCCUGGAGAUGAGAACAUCUUUUAUGCGUCGGCUUGGGCCGGAGCAGCAUGGCAUGCCGCUGGCGGCAUCAGUCCCGAAUAUCAGUACUUCCAAGCCGUCACCCAUCGCCACCUGCUCAUGAUGGCUCAAGAAGAGCCGGACUCGGGUAUCUGCAUCGUUGACUCUCGCGAGUACCUCGAACAACCGCCUUCUGAGAAUUCCUCCCUGUGGGGAAAAACCGUUGUGUCCAAGUUCCGUGACUUGAAACGCGAUGAAUACCCUUCGAACUUCAGCUGCGGAUGGGCCUAUGACUCUCUCGUUACUGACCCGACACGCCAUAUGCCUUUUCUGGGUAAGAAGAUCACGUCGCUGGGUGGUCACUUUAUUCGGAAAAGAGUCGAGUCGCUGCAGGAGCUGUACACCAUGUUUCCCGAAUCAAGCAUCUUCAUCAAUGCCAGCGGGCUGGGUAGCAAGUCUCUCACCGAUGUUCAAGACGAUAAGUGUUUUCCUGAGCGUGGUCAAAACGUGUUCUAUCGGACGGAGACCUGCCAAAAGAUGUACUUCCGAAACGGCAAAGAGUAUACCUACGUCAUUCCCCGACCUUUGUCAAAGGGAGUUGUGCUUGGUGGCAGCAAGCAACGGGGCACCGUUUCUCCUGAAGUAGACAUGGACAUCGCCCGAGACGAGAUCGCCCGCGCCCAUCGCCUAGCUCCCGACAUCGUCCCCGAGACCCCCGACGAGAAUGACCUCAGCUAUAUCAUAGGAAUUCGCCCGUCCAGGGAGGGGGGCUUCCGACUGGACUCGGAACAGAUUGGUGAUCGCCUUAUCUUGUCCGCCUACGGGUUUGGUGGAGGUGGAUACGCGUUUUCGUAUGGCGUUGCGGACGCGCUGGCGAAGAUUGUGGAACAGGCGGAGCGAGAGCAUGUAAUUACUCAGGCUGGGCCUUGA